AGCCUAUGAUUCACCAUGGAAACCGGGCAGAGAAAACGCUCGGCUUACUUCACCCCACUUGAAAUAGAUAUUCUGCUGAGUGUAUAUGGAGAGUACGAACACAUUUUUAGCAAGAAAGGCAACACGGCUGCAGCAGCAAAGGAGAGAGAACUGGCGUGGGAGAGAAUUGCAGCGCGUGUAAAUGCGUGAGUUGAAACGGUAAAUACAUGUGAAUCCUGAGAUGCAUUUACAGGCGAAUUUUUACUCAUAAUUUUAAUUAAGGUGCAAUCCCACGGGGACAAAAAGGACUUGGCAGCAGCUGAAAAUGAAAUAUAAAAACAUAGUUCAAACAGGUAAGGCCCACUUUUUCUUUUGUAUAUGAGUCCAUAAUUUAUUUUUUUUAAACCCACAGGCCUAAUAUCCUGCUCAGAUUAACAUAUGGCUUCAAUUUAGCUAACAGAAAGAAGGCAGAGGCUCGCAAAGUGGUUGAAGGGGCACCUCCAUCCAUGCUGACUGAGGCAGAAGAGUUUUCCAAGAGUAAGGAUACUGGAUGCCCGGUGGCUGAGCCCGUCACCCCACAGAGCGCAAGUGUCUGCAUAAAAUUUGCUGAUGGCCUUGAUGAGACUCCUACUUCAGCAGAAGCAUUUCCAUCCCUUCCAUCUGAAGCAGACGAAGAUGAUGAUAAGGAUACAUUAUCUGCUGAGAUGGAACCAGAUAGACCUAGUGAGGUACACACCAUGACAGUAGAGAGCAAGGCCGAACAUUAUCAAGAGGAAGCUCCAUCAACUACCCCAGCACAUAUUAACACAGUGAGACGUUCAAUGCCAUUCUGCAUUUUCAUAGCUUUAUUUAAACUGCACCAUGCAUACAUUUCAAGCCAUUCUUACAUUUUACAGUUACCAGUUAAAGAAAUUUACAAAAUGCACCUCAUCCAAACAAUGACAAAAACUGACAAAGAAAUCACAUACUUGGAUCGUCAGAUUAGAAAGACAGAUCUGGAAAUUGAAUUACUGGAGCACCAGCUAGAGGUGGGUAACAUGUUACAGGUGGUUACUCUCAGAUAAAUGCACAAAUGAUAAUGGCUGGUUUUGUAUUUGUAGGAAAUAAAGAAGAACAAAUAAAAUGUUGAAUAAAGAGUCCUGAUUUAUCCUCUGGGGGUGGGGUAAACUAAUCUGAAGAGCGAUUUUAGCAAAUGGUUUCUCUGACAGCUCUUGCAUCAUGAACAUUUUCAGGGUGAACAGGAUCCUCUUCCCCAGGUUCAUCCACUCAUAUGGCAGGGUGCUGCUAAGAGAGGCAAUAUUAUGGAGAACAACACAUGCCACAAUGAUGUCGCAUGUUCUCUCUGAUGAUACCUUGAGUCUAUGCAGGCACUGGCACCAGGAU